GCGCUGGGGAUGGAGGACGCGCACCGGGCUUUCUGCCUGGCCGCCUCCUGCCUCCGCACGCCGCUCGAUCCGCGCACACGGGCACCCGCCGCGCUCUACGAGCGGGGGCCGCCGCCCGCCGCCGCGCAGGAUGGCUUUGACUUGGAUUCAAAUAUCGACACAGAGCAGUCCACCCCUCCGAAGAGAGACUGUGACAAGUGGAUAGACUUUUCCAAAAUGUACAAUUCAAAUCAAGAGUAUUACUUGAAGCUGGAAGAGUUGAAGAAUGCCCACAUGGAGACCAUGGCAAAAUUGGAAAGCAUGUAUCAGAACAAGCUGUAUUUAAAAGAAGUGCAAGCCUUGGAUAAGAGAAAUGACACCUCUCCAAAGUGCUGUAGGCCAACUUGGGACAAGAGUUCAUAUCAGCCUCUUAACCUGCACAAAUCCUUUUCUGACUCAGACUUAAGCGAUCCCUUGGGCUCGAGCGUAUCCGACGCGUCUGAUGAAGAAUUAGUGUUUGAAGGGAACGGCAGUGAAACUGGAUCAUCCUCAUUUGCCAAGCAGCAGAUUGAAAAAAUGUGGGAUGGGUUUUCUCUGGAAGACUACAUCUCCCGUGCCGGGCACAGCUUGCCCGGCUCACCGGCCUGCAGGAAGGUGCGCAAGAAACAGAAGGCGUGGACCCCCAGGAUCACCGUGCCCAAGCCUUUCCAGAUGACCAUCAGAGAAGCUCAGAGGAAAGAGCAGAACAUCAAAUCCAAGUCCCAGACUGAGCUGGAAAAUCACUUACUGAAGAAGCAGCUGGAGGAGGAAGCAGAGUGUCAGAAAAAAUUCCGAGCCAAUCCCGUGCCCGCCGCCGUCUUCCUGCCGCUCUACCACGACAUCGUGCAGCGGAACGAGGAGCGCAGGAGGUCUGUGAGGGAGAGGAGCAAACUCAAGCUCCUGGCUUCCCAAAAGCCGUUUAAGUUCAUUGAGCGAGAGAGGCAAAGGAACGAAACCAGGAAAAUGCUGUUGAAAGACAUUCCCCCACCUGAAAAUAAAACUAAAGCGUUCAGAGCGAAACCGGUCCCAAGAAGCGUUUAUAGUCCAGAUUUCAAUGACAGGCUAAAGAAGGAGGAGCUCUACAGGGAAAUCAGGAUCAGGAUGAGAGCUGAGGAGCUGCUACGAAAUUCAUCCGUACCCAACAGCAGACUGGCCUCGAAAGGGACCAACAAAAAGAAGAAACACAAGAGCACUGAACCAAAGCAGAGUGAACACAAAUCCAAGAUCAAAUCGAGCGUCCCCGAUUUUGAACUCCUACAUGAGAAAUUCCAGAAACGCCUCCUGCAACAAAAAAAAGUGAAACACCUCACAGUCUGUGAGCCUUUCGACCUUUGGACUUCGUACAUUCCCUCAAAAAAGGACAAGAUCUUGAAGGAUAUUCAAGAGGAUGAAGAAAAAUUAAAGGAAACACGGUGGCCAUUUGCCUCUCCGAGACGGAAACCUCAGCUGGGGCAGGCAGGGGCAAGCUCCCAACUCUUGGGAGGAGCAAAAUCCAAAUCUCCCAAAAGCACAGAAUCCACGAGACGGCGGCUAGAAGCCCUAAGGAAUUCCCUUGAGGAAAAGAGAAAGCUGGAAGAACAACAAAAAAGGAACAGAACCAAGCAGAAACAAAGAACGAAAAAAUUCCAGAAAAUUGUGAUGGCUCGGGCUGAGGCCAGUGACCCACAUCAGAGCCUAGCUCAGGUGUCUAAAUCCAGAUUAAAAACAUUCAGGAACAACGAGAAGCAGAGAAGGCAGGAAUAUUUGCAAGAAUUGCAAGAAAUGGAAGAAAGAGUAAAAGAAAUGCCAUUGCUUUUUGAAAGAGUCGCUCAGAAAAAUGCCAGAAUAGCUGCAGAAAAAUAUUAUUCAAACAGACUGAGAGCACUGGGGAUCUGCCCAGAGUUGGUUUCAAAGAAAGGAGGAGCAGCCAAGUCACUGCAAUUCCCCACUGCUGCAGAUUUUACCUCCAUCGCCGUCAGAGAAAGAAGUACCAGGGUUAAAGCCAGGAAAAGGGAAUCCUUUGAGGAGGCGGCUGGUAACGAUCCCCAGGCUGAGCAGUGCUGGGAGGAGGAGGAGGAGGAAGAGAAGGGGAAAGGUGUCAAAACCUCCACCCCGGGUGAGCAGCGCAGUGAUGCGGAGGAUGGAGACGAGGCCAGAGCCGGCCCUGAUGUCCUUGAGGCUGAAUCCAGCUGGCACAGUGAUGAGGAGGAGGAAGCCAAGGCAGACCUGUCACUUGGCCAUUCCCAGGAGGAGGAAGAGGAGGAAGCCAAGGCAGAUCUGUCACUUGGCCAUUCCCAGGAGGAGGAAGAGGAGGAGGAGGAGGAAGCCAAGGCAGAUCUGUCACUUGGCCAUUCCCAGGAGGAGGAAGAAGAGGAAGAGGAGUCCAAGGCAGAUCUGUCCUUUGACCAUUCUCAGGAGGAGGAAGAGGAGGAGGAAGCAAAAGCAGGCCCAUCUCUUGACCAUUCCCAGGAGGAGGAAGCGGGGGCAGGCCCAUCCCGUGGCCGUUCCGAGGAGGAGGAUGAGGAUGAGUCCAGACCCAGCUCUCGCUCCUCCAGGUCCCAGGAGCACGAGGAGGAAGCUCAGUCAGAGCCCGAAGCCGAGGGUGCCUUCCAGUACGAGGAUGAGGAGUACGAGAGCGACGGUUCUGAGGAGAAGGCCAGUGAUGAGGAAGGGCACUGACAGGAAGGGCUGGCGCUCAGGAACCUCUGCCACCAGAGAAACGCUCGGUGCUUCGCUACAAAUCCAAAAUUCUGUGGAUUUUUACCUCGGUUUGAGGGGCCUGGUAGUGCAGGAAUUCUGUUUGUUUUCCAGGAAGAAAGCUCAAGUUCAUCGUUUUCACCAAGAAAAUAAUUGACUUCUGUGUUACUCUUCUUUAUUGCACUCCUCUGUGACAUUAGUGCACCUCUGUUCUUAAAAUGAGCUGCAGCCUCAUGGUUUAAUAAUAAAUUACACACUGUGCUGUGUAAUACUGAGGGCUCACAUCCAGCUCUUCCCAUGGGCUGCCAAAGCCUGGGGACAUUUUGGAGCAGGAAUUGUCAUUUUAUCCCUGGAAAAGGGGAAUCCUUUUACCUCAGGUAAAUCUAGUUGUAUGAAACUAUGCAAGGAAGUGCUUCGAUACCUCUUCUUACACACUCAGGACUUCAGCUACUCCACAAAAAACUCUUCAAAAAAUGUUUGGGAUUUGGUUUUUUUCUUGUAUCAGUAGUACCUUCUCCUACUGACUUGCUAAAAAAUCUGUUAUUACUUUUUCCUCCUUAUUUUGUCACGUAGUUUCUCAGAGUUUGGAAGUUUUUUUAAGCAUUCUUACUUUUAUUUAUUUAUGAAGUGUGAACAUGACUAAUGUGAACUUGAAACCUUUUUUUUUUUUCCAGCUUGAAUAAAAUACCUGUGGCAA